CCCUGCACAAAAUCAUGACGUCACUCGCAAAGCAAAAGUUCGUUCAAUCUCAAUCAAUUUUGCGUGUGUCAAUCCUGUUAUUUUUGUGCUAGGUAGUGAUUUUUUUUUAACUCGAAAACAUGUCAGAGAGUGAAGGAACCAGCUCUUCGCAAGAUGAGAUUGCCAGAUCCUUCCAUUACCUGCCGGAGAGGCAGGCAAAGGUCGCGACCCUCCUCAGCAUGAUGAAGAAGACCGGCAAAGAUAAAGACAAGGACAAGGAGACCACUGGGGAUGAAGCCGAGGAGCCUGUGCACUACUGCAUAUGCCGGUCAACCGAUGGGACGCGAUUUAUGAUAUGCUGUGACUACUGUGAAGAGUGGUACCAUGGUGACUGCAUUGGCAUAGAGAAAGAUGCCUCUAGAAGCAUCAAGAGAUAUGCAUGCCCACCAUGCUCUAAGGCCAAUCCAGACGCCAAGACUGUGUACAAAGAGAAGAGAGACAGCAAGGACCUGGCUAAGAAGGAGAAGGAGCCAGACCGAGACAAGGAGGACACAGAGAAGGCAUCCGGGGAGAUGCUCAAGAACAGCAAGAAGAGAAAGAAGACGAAGAUAUCCAAGGAAUAUCAACGCCGAAAGAGGAAAGAAAAACAGAAGAAGAUGAAGAAAAAGAAGAAGAAGGAGAAAAGUAAGACAUCGAGCAGCUCCUCCUCAAAACGAGAGGCCCUCAAGGCUUCAGGGGCAUCAGCAGUGACCAGCUCCUCCUCAGACCGAGAGGCUCGCAAGGCUACAGGGGCAGCAGCGAGGCAUGCAAGACGAUGCGGUCAGUGUGGGCCUUGCCAGCUUGUCAGUGACUGUGGAAAGUGUGAUUUCUGUAUGGAUAUGAAGAAAUAUGGUGGCCAGAACAAACUGAGACAGAAGUGUCGGUUGAAACAGUGUGUCCGAUUGGCCAGUAAAGUUCUGAGGAAGCAAUACUUGUCAAGCCAGUCAGAAUCCUGGGAUACGACCAGCAUCGACACGGAUACCGACUCGCAGAGCGUCUUUCCUGAGCGCUACACCAGGAAACCGCCUCCAACUAUUGAUGUGAGUUUAGUGGAUCACUAUGACUACACCAUGAGACCGGAGCUGGACCCAACAACCGAGAAGAAAGAAAAGAAAGACAAAAAGGACAAGAAGGAGAGACAACCAGAGAUCAAAGAGAAACAGAAAGAACCAGAAAAGCGGCCGAGCAAAGAGGAACGCAAACGCAAGCGAUCCCAGCAGAAGCCCACCAUCGAUGAGCCCAAAUUCAAGCGAGUCCUACGAUCGAGCACAGCGGCUGAGGAGGACUUGCCCCAGUGCUACGGGCCAGGCUGUGUCAACGCCGCCAGGCCUGGCAGCAAGUACUGCAGCGAGGCUUGCGGUCUCAAACUGGCUACCAACCGGUUGUUUGAGUUUCUGCCCCAGCGUAUCCAGCAGUGGCAGCGCAGUCCCUGCAUCGCCGAGGAGAACAACAAGAAAUCCCUGGAGAAGAUGAGGAGCGAGAUGGAGGAAGUCAAGAAGAAGAUUGCUGAGCUUGACGGCAAGAUUGUCAAGUUGAACAAGCUAGUUGAGCAGGCCAAGAAGGAGAAAGUGGCGCAGGAUCAGGAUAGCACUGAUGGAGAGAGUGAGGAGGCUGACCUGAGCAUCUUCUGCGUAUCCUGCGGCCAUCCCAUCAAUCCAGUCAGGGCCCUCAGACACAUGAGCAAAUGCUACAGCAAAUAUGAGAGCCAGACGUCCUUUGGUUCAGCUUUCAAGACUAAAAUUGUUGGGGAGUCCAUGUUCUGUGAUUUCUUCAACCAGCAACAGAACACCUACUGCAAGAGACUGAAGGUUCUGUGCCCUGAACACACCAAAGAACCUAAGGUGAGUGCUGAUGAGGUGUGCGGCUGCCCUCUGGUCGCUGACGUCUUCCAGGACACCAAAGGAUUCUGCCGGGUCGCUAAGAGGAAAUGCUCCAAACAUUACAACUGGGAGAAACUGAGGCGGGCUGAGAUUGACCUGGAACGUGUCAGAUGGUGGCUGAAGUUGGAUGAACUCCUGGAGCAGGAGCGCAACGUCCGUCAGGCUAUGUUCAACCGGGCCGGGGUGCGCUUGAUGCUUCACCAGACCCUGGAUCACAGCUUACUCUUACCUCCAGGCGUAGCGCCCGUCACCCAGAUACAGGCCCAAGUCAAGACUGAGUCAUGAGAAGGUGGCUUGAGCUAAGGGUGGAUGUGACAUAAAGACUUGAACCUCUAUCCGGUUCGUUAGUAAAAACGUCAUACACACGCGCGCACCCCUGAUUACUAGCGGCCAUUGGAUAAAUGCUCUAGUUGCGUUAACUUCCGGUUCCAUUCGUGCUGUGCUACACCGUAUGAAGUACGCAUGGUUGAAUUGAGAGGACUUCACAAGAUGAACUGAUAAGCAAAUUCAUGUUGUGAGUGAAAAGAGGACACAAGUAUUGAAAUUUAGAGUGGUCAAGUGAUAUUCAAUUCAUUAGUUGCAGAGUUGUUAUCGAGUCAAGCAUAAGUCCAUCACAAGUCAAAGUCCUAAGUCAAUUCACAAGUUCAGUCACAAGUGGAUGAACAAUGACAAAGGAAGUUUUGAAUCACAGCCAAUUUGAAAUUAGCUUGUGACAUGCCUUGCAACUGGAUGAGUUGUGAGUGAGACUUGCGAUAACUUCUGGUUACUUGACCUGAUGACCUGACUUAAUUUACGUUUCUGGUUGAUACCCAUCUUGAUCAUCUUGCAGCUGACUUGUAUUUGAUUUUAUUUUAUCCAAUAAAUCACUAAAGGUCAGUGUUAAGUUCUAGAGAACAAAGCAAAUUGACUGGAGGGGUCGUUGGAACACUGUACUAAGGCUCCACCAAAUGAGCUAUCCAACUCUUGUUGGUCACUUCCCGGUUUGUUGAUGUCUUUGUUCGUGGGGUACUUUAGCCCAAAGCAAAACGUAACCAAUGCUGCCAGCUUAAGGGAAUCACUAAGAAAGGAUCGGCUUUGUCUUAGAAAUCUUUGAAGAAAUCGUUUGGGAGGUUCAGAAGGGAGCAGAUUCAAAUCCUGGCCCAGUCGAUAUCUUUGUUCCUAAGUUAGAUUAUUUUGUUGUUAUGACAGAGUUGGGGGGAGUGUGGCCUAGCGUUUAGGG